AUGCACAACAACAGCAGCAGCCAGGAGCCCUCGGCCGUUGUCGUCCCUCCCCUCAACGACUUUAUCCGGCUCUUGGUCCUUAACUCCAAUGUCCAGUCCUCGACCCUGUUGCCCACCCUUGUCUACCUCGAGCGCCUCAAGUACAAGCUCCCCGUUGCUGCCAAGGGCAUGCACUGCACUUGCCAUCGUGUCUUCUUGGCCACACUCAUCGUUGCAGCCAAGUACCUGAACGACCAGUCGCCUAAGAACAAGCACUGGUCCGCCCAUUCGUCCGUCUUCUCCGUCGGCGAGGUGAACCUCAUGGAGAAGCAACUCCUCUCCCUCCUCGACUUUGACCUCCGCAUCACCGAGGCAGAUCUCGCCUCUUCCCUCCAGGAGUUCAUGCAUCUCCAGCAGCAGACUUCUUCCUCUACUCAUACCACGACCGCCCCUUCGGAGGCAUCCAGCCGGUAUGCCUCCCCCGUGCCCGUCUCUAAGCCCGUCACCGUCCCCUCACCUACCAGCAGCUACAUCCCCCAGUCCAUCCCCCUCAAUCAGCCCAGCUCCAACAAGCGCGGAUCGACCAGCCGACAGGGUGACAUCAAGAUGCAGAUGGAGUUGCCUCCUCAGGAGCACUUCAAGCGUCGCACUUCUCUGCCCAACCAGCCCUGCCUCGAAGAAGGCGAGGUCAUGCCUGUCUACAAGGGUCUCAUGCGCAACAACCAGGACCAGUACCCUUCUCCCGAUGGUGCCACCGAUGAUCUCGCUCCUGCUCCUCGCAACGACGACAUGACCCCUACCUCCUCGCAUGCCUACAACGGCGCUGAUGCCUAUGCCACUGCCCAAAAGGCCUGGAUGGCCUCCGCUGGCGGUCCCAUGUACAGCUCUGCACCCAACCCCCGCUUGUCGCAUAUGCCAGCACCUAUGCACCCUCACCACCCUCACCAUCUCCCUCACGGCUAUGCCCAUCACCAGGAGACUGGUGAAUUGGAGGAUAUCAACCAGUCCUCGACUGGCCGCAAUUAUGGAUUCAGCCGCGCCAUGUGCUAA